AUGCAGAACUCCGGAAGGGACCUGUGGCAGAAUCAAAGUGGUUACAUGUCUUCUUUGCAACAGGGUCUCAAUAAGAGCAACAUGGUUGGGGCAAGCACUAGCCAUGGAAAAACUCCCAUGCUCAUGGCAAACAAUGAUGUCUUUACAAUAGCGCCUUACAGAACCAGAAAGGACAAUGCGCGGGUGUCAGUGUUGGACAAAUAUGAAAUCAUCGGAUAUAUAGCAGCAGGUACAUAUGGUAAAGUCUACAAGGCUAAGAGCAGGCAAUCAUCUAAGAGCAGUUCUAGUACGGGGUCUGAUUCUUUAGCUCAGGAUACCAAACCAACCACUGAAUUCUCGAAUACUAGUAGUCUUCAAAAUGCUGGCACAUAUGGAGAUAUGAUGGGCGCACACGGUCCAAAUAGUAAUAAUAUCAGUGCUGGAGGUAACACAAAUCCAGAAUUAUCUACACGCAAUAACCCUAAUAACCCCAGAGUACCAACUAGCACUAUAAUAUCAGGAGACAAACGAAAUAGUGAAAAUACAGAUAAUAGAAGGAAAGCUGAAACUACAAUGUAUUAUGCUAUUAAGAAGUUUAAGACAGAAAAGGAUGGUAUAGAGCAAUUACAUUACACAGGUAUCUCUCAAAGUGCUUGUAGAGAAAUGGCAUUGUGUCGAGAACUAGACAAUAACCACUUAACAAAAUUAGUUGAGAUUUUUUUACAAAAGAAAAGCAUCUAUAUGGUAUAUGAAUUUGCGGAACAUGACCUGUUACAAAUCAUUCACUUUCACUCACAUCCAGAAAAAAGAAUGAUCCCUCCUAGAAUGAUACGAUCAAUUAUGUGGCAGAUCCUUGAUGGAGUAUCAUAUUUACAUCAAAACUGGGUACUUCAUAGAGACUUGAAACCCGCAAACAUUAUGGUUACUAUGGAUGGUGUUGUCAAAAUUGGUGAUUUAGGUCUAGCGAGAAAAUUCUCCAAUAUGUUACAAACAAUGUAUACUGGUGAUAAGGUGGUCGUUACAAUUUGGUAUAGAGCCCCAGAACUUUUAUUAGGAGCAAGACAUUACACCCCUGCUAUAGAUCUGUGGGCUGUUGGUUGUAUAUUUGCAGAAUUAAUAGGUUUACAACCGAUAUUCAAGGGUGAGGAAGCCAAGAUGGAUUCUAAAAAGACCGUUCCAUUCCAAGCCAACCAACUACAGCGUAUUUUAAAAAUUCUUGGAACCCCAACCCCAAAAUCAUGGCCUCAUUUACAAAAGUACCCUGAAUACGAGCAACUUUCCAAGUUUCCUAAGUAUAGAGACAAUUUACCAGGCUGGUUCCACUCUGCUGGCGGUCGGGAUAAACACGCUCUGAGUUUGUUAUAUCACCUACUGAACUAUAACCCUAUUGAAAGAAUAGAUGCCAUAAACGCUCUUGACCAUAGCUAUUUUACUCAUGGUGACAUGCCAGUUUGUGAAAAUGUCUUUGAAGGUCUGAACUACAAAUACCCAGCCAGAAGGAUUCACACUAAUGAUAAUGAUAUUUUGAACUUAGGUUUACAUAAACCGAAGGUUCCAGCAAAGGUUGUACAACCGACAAUGAAUAAUAGUACUGCCACUCUUGGUGGUUUAGGUGUAAAUAAAAGAAUACUUGCAGCAGCAGCUGCAGCAGCUGCAGCUGUUUCUGGUAAUUCCUCCUCUCAAUCAUCAAGAAACAUGGAACCAAUGAAGAAAAAGAGGAAAUGA